AUGUACAACGGCAUCGGCCUACGCACGGUACGCGGUUCCGGCACGAAUGGAUAUGUGCAACGUAAUUUGAGCUAUGUGAACAUAUCACAUGCGCGUCAAAAGCUUGCGCGCAACCAGCGUGGGAUUCAAUCUGGAUUAUUAGAUACUCGUGGAGGUGGUAGAAACCACCCGCCGCCAAACCCAGAUAUUCUGCUGCAUGAACAAAAAAGAAAGGUAGAGCUGCAGCUACUAGAAAUGUCGCUGGAGAUGGAGGGUCGUGGAUGCGAACCCGAUGAUAUUCAUGCUACGGUAAAGCGAGAGCGAGAGCGACUGCUAGCGCGUCUAAAUGAUAAACGAGGUGACAAGGCCAACAAUGUGGAGAAUUCGCGCAGUCAGCAGAAGUAUAGGGAAGACAAUAUCGAGCGCAUCAAAAAUGCUUUUGGUAUUGACAAUGACUACGUGGCUGGAGAAAGCUUUGACCCGGAGAUGCAGGAGCGGCGUCGUCAGGAGAGGAAGGAGAGAAGAGAGCAAGAUUGGAAAGAGAGCGAAGAGGCGCGCCGAAGGAACGUUAAAGAUAAAAAGGAGGAAGCGAUGACGUUGCCGAAAAAUCAUGAUCUUCCUUCUCGCUCUUACUUGUCAAGAUCGAGAACACAUUCUCAAUCUAAAAUUUCGACAGAUCGACGUAGCAUCGAUCGAUCGGGCAGUAGUCGAAGUGAUACCAAGACGGGUCACGGCUCGACUUGUAAUGUACGAUCUUUAGAAAAGAAGCACUACCGGCGGCUGCCGUCAAAUGCAAAUCGGAGGCGCCGCUCGACUUCCUCAUCUAGCUCUGGAUAUAUUCGCAGCAAAGGCUUGAGUGCGCUGAAUAGUUCACAGUCACGUUCUCGCGCUCUGAAAGCGUGGAAGAAUCGUCAAAUCGAAACGGAAAAUGCGGCUUGCAGUGAUAGGUCAAAGCGCUUGCAAUCGUUGCAAAGCUUGGGUCUAAACACAAGAUCUCGAUCUAGCUCCAGCACUGAACUGAACCACAACCGCAAUGUUGCGGCAGGAGUUGAUCGUGGAAAGAAAGUUGAAAUGACUGAAGGGCAAAUGGAGUCAAAAAUUCUGUCAGAAAGAAAAUCGGUCUCACGUCCAGCUCCUUCUGACGGCGAGUACAAAAUUUUGAAUUUGUCUGCGCCUGCGGUAGCUGACGGCGUGUUGCUUAGUGAAGAGAGAGGAAAAUCAAGUUUGUCUUUGGCAAAAAUUACGACUGAUGAGCAGAAAAACCUCACAUCGAAAAAGCAGGAGGCGAAUCGCAAGAAUGAACCGAAAAUCUAUGCUCAAAAUAAGAAAAACGAUCAGCUCACAAAACAUGAAAAAGAAAAGAAUAUAAAGGCCCCUGAUUCUUCGAUUGCAGAUUUGCGGACGCGAUCUUCAAAGCGCAAUCUGCACAGUAAAUCUCCAGACGAUAGACGUCGACGCGGAAAAAGAAUGAGAAGUCUGUCAUCUAGUCCUCGACACCCAGGAAUCGUUGGAACAUUUGCUCUGCACCAAAUGAUGAGCCCGGAGAUCGAAACGCUUACACAGCAGCGCGAAACAUUGAAGGAUGAGGUUAUGGUAUUCCGACUCAAGCUAGAAAACAUGACACGUGUUGCUGAAAGCCGCCUAGAAACCAUCCAUCUGCUGGAAACCGAGCUUGAGCGUCAACAUGUGCAAGCAGCGGAGGCCGCAGCAACUGCUACGAUUAAAGCAGAACAUAGCAUCUCUUCUAGCAAAGCUAUGGAAAGUCUUGACAACGAUGAUUUACGUUCCAGCGCUGUGCUGUCAAUGGUGCUUUACACGCUACUCUUAGGUUCCGUCGUGCUCGCAUCUGUGCUAUACCGGAUAUAUUUCAUAAUUCGCGGAGAGAUCUCUGCCCGAUACAAGUUAGGAAAAAGAGAGUAUAUUGAUAAGAUCGGGAUUGGUGGACCCAUUAUGCCGUCAAUCACGGAUUCAUCUAUGGACGGAAAGCAAAUUAUAAGAGAAACACCACCGCUUCCGCCCGCCCGAACGCCGAUAUCUGACAAGGCACCGGGGCGCCUGCGCCACAGUGUUACAAGCGUGCUCCAGGCUUAUCGCCAACUAUCGUCUAAGCUCUCUUAUGCGAUGGUGACUACGACGACAAUAGCGCUUUAA